GGCUCCAGUCCGGAGAUAGGCAGAAGCACACAGCAGAGCAAACAGUAGCAUCCCCAGUGACUAUAGACUGCUCCACCGCCUUUUACGCACACCUGUUUCCAGGGGAAAGCAGUCCACGCACUCAGGUGUAAUCAUGAUUAAGAAAAUGUCGCCGACCGAAAGCGAGUUUGACAUCCCAGCCAAGAACUGCUACCGGAUGGUGAUACUGGGAUCCACCAAAGUUGGGAAAACAGCCAUCGUGUCCCGUUUCCUGAACGGGAGGUUCGAAGAGCAGUACACGCCGACAAUCGAGGACUUUCACAGGAAACUAUACAGCAUCAAGGGAGACGUUUACCAGCUGGACAUACUGGAUACAUCAGGGAACCACCCGUUCCCCGCCAUGAGGAGGCUAUCCAUACUGACAGGUGACGUGUUCAUUCUCGUCUUCAGUCUGGAUAACAGAGACUCCUAGGAGGUGCAGCGGCUCAAGCGCCAGAUAUUCGAGACCAAGUCGUGCCUGAAGAACAAAAUCAAGGAGAACAUCGACGUGCCUCUGGUCAUCUGCGGGAACAAGGGGGACCGGGAGUUUUACCGAGAGGUCCAGCAGGAGGAGAUCGAGCAGCUGGUGGCCGGGGACGAGAAGUGCGCGUACUUCGAGAUCUCCGCCAAGCGCAACGAGAACGUCGAUAAGAUGUUUCGGACUCUGUUUACCUUGGCCAAACUCCCUCACGAAAUGAGCCCCGACCUCCACCGGAAAGUAUCCGUGCAGUACUGCGACAUGCUGCACAGAAAGUCCAUGAAAAACAAGAAGAUGAAGGACAUUGGAGAGGCGUACGGCAUGGUGAACCCUUGCGCGCGGAGACCCAGCGUGCACAGCGACCUGAUGUACAUUAAGGAGAAGGCGAUAGGAGGGGGACAGAGCAAAGACAAAGAGAGAUGUGUGAUCAGUUAAGCCUACAGGGAAGAACGCUCAACACGAAUCUUUGGAAGAAGAUGCAGGUGCGUCAGCUUGGGACGCGACCUGUGCGGCCGCGUGCGCUCAGACUGACACGGGAGGUGUGGAGUGGGGACGCCGCCGCCGCCGCCGCCGCGCGCUCUGGAGCCGUCUCUAAGGACACUGCUGGUCACACGAGUCCGCUUGAGCUGCU